UCAGUCCUGGAGAGCUGCCCAGAAUAUAGGAGUUCUAAUAAUGGUUGUUUAUUAACUUGGGGUGAAGGCCAGUCCAGCACUGUCCUGGUCACCAGGCUAAUUGUGUCUGACAUUGCUGAGGCAUCUGCCAGAGGCCUGGGCUAGAGGACAGCUUCCCUGCCACAGCCUUCGUGCUCUGAGGAGGCCCUAUUGACUAUCAGCAAACUAAAGGGUGGUCUUUUCAGUCAAAGGGAAGAAGGUGAGGACCAUGUUCUGGUUUGUAUCACUUCCCACCCUUCUGUGUGUGGUGACAGUGUCCUUCUCAGAACCCACAACCUGUGAAGAUGCCCAGAAGGCCUGCUCAGUGAUUACCUGUGGCAUCCCGGUUACCAAUGGUACCCCAGGCAGAGACGGGCGAGAUGGAGCCAAGGGAGAAAAAGGAGAACCAGGGCAGGAGCUCCGAGGCUUGCAGGGUCCUCCAGGAAAACUGGGGCCUCCAGGAAGUAAAGGGGCUCCUGGGCCGCCAGGAGUGAAGGGCCAAAAAGGAGAUCUUGGAGAUAGUUCAGCUAUGGAGACAAAGUUGGCUAACUUAGAGAGAGAGCUGAGGAGCUUGGAAACAGAACUGAACCACAUCAAAAAAUUGCAAGCCUUCUCCUUGGGCAAGAGAUCUGGAAAGAAGCUCUAUGUGACCAAUGGUGAAAAGAUGCCUUUUUCCAAAGUGAAGGCUCUGUGCGCUGAGCUCCAGGCCACUGUGGCCACUCCUAAGAAUGCUGAGGAGAAUAAAGCCAUCAUGGAAGUGGCCAAGGACCAUGCCUUCCUGGGCAUCACAGAUGAAGCGAUGGAAGGCCAGUUUGUUUAUUUGACAGGAGGGAGGCUGACCUAUAGCAACUGGAAGAAGAAUGAGCCUAAUAACUUUGGCUCAGGGGAGGACUGUGUGAUCCUUCUUAAGGAUGGGGUGUGGAAUGACACCUCAUGCUCUUCCUCCUACAUGGCCGUCUGUGAAUUUCCAGCCUGAAGAGGUGGUCCCUCAACCCUCCUUGGCUCUGCUGAGCUCUCUGCUGCCCUAAAAGAAAAUUCAGUGGUGUUUUUCUCA